UAAAUCCUCAGCCCCUCACCAUAUUUUUCUUUCCUCUCAAAUUUUCCUCAGCUUCGCUUCCUGUUAGCAUUCUGAGUACCGUCAAAAUCCCAAGUUCUCAGAAAACUUUAGAAUCUCAAGCAUUAAUUUUUGCCCUAGAGGGAAAAAAAAAAAAAGGAAAAAAAAAGAAGAAAAAAAAAAAACCAGUCAAUAAUCCUGGCUUUGAGUGCUUAGCAAUGGUCAGCGACAGUGCAGCUUCGUCAUCUUCUUCGAACGCUUUCUCGUUCAUAUCAAAAGGAUGGAGGGAGGUUAAAGACUCGGCGGACGCCGAUCUCCAAUUGAUGAGAGACCGAGCCAAUUCGUUCAAGAACCUAGCUACGUCGUUCGACCGCGAGCUCGAGAAUUUCUUCAAUUCCGCCUCGACGUUCUCGGUCCCGGCAAUCCGGUCAUCGCCGCCAGCGGAGAUUGACUUCGUGAAGAAACUGAAGCCGAAGCUAUCGGAAUUCCGCAGGGCGUAUUCGUCGCCAGAUUUUAGUAAGAAAGUUUUGGAGAAGUGGGGGCCGAGCUCGAGGAUACGUAUCGAUUUGUCCGCCAUAAGGAAUGCGAUCGUGUCGGAGGUGGAUGAGGAAAGGGAUGGGGUUAUCGAUCUUGACAGGCUAAGGAGAGGGAGGAGAUUGACGUUCAGAGAGUUUUGGGGCGAGUGGAAGGGGGAUGGGGAGGCUGAAGAAGGGCGGUCUAGGGAUUGGGAGCCAAUUCGGGUGUUGAAGACGAGGUUGAAGGAUUUCGAGAAAAGGAACUCGUCGACAGAAAUCUUUGAUGGGUUCAGGAACAAUGAGUUUAUGGAGAAACUAAAGUCCAGCUUGAAAUCGAUUUGCAAGGAGCCUCAGGAGUCAAAGGAAGUACCACCAUUGGAUGUGCCAGAACUUUUGGCAUAUUUGGUUAGGCAAUCUGGUCCAUUUUUGGAUCAACUUGGCGUUAAAAAAGAUAUAUGUGACAAAAUAGUGGAAAGCUUGUGUAGCAAACGCAGGAACCAACUUUUGUUGCGGUCUCUCUCUCCUGGAGAAUCCCUUGAUGUAGAGAAUGAAAACAUUAAUGAUGAAUUAGAUUUAAGGAUAGCCAGUGUUCUCCAAAGUACAGGUCAUCAUUAUGAGGGUGGGUUUUGGACAGACCACACAAAGCACAUCCCAUCAGACCAGAAAAGGCACGUUGCAAUUGUGACAACUGCUAGUCUUCCUUGGAUGACUGGAACAGCUGUGAAUCCACUGUUCCGUGCUGCGUAUCUUGCGCAGUCUGCAAAACAAAAUGUCACACUAUUGGUUCCAUGGCUUUGUAAAUCAGAUCAAGAACUAGUAUAUCCCAACAAUCUCACUUUUAGUUCAGCAGAAGAGCAGGAAAGUUAUAUACGUAACUGGCUUGAGGAAAGAGUUGGUUUUAAGGCUGAUUUUCAGAUUUCCUUUUAUCCAGGAAAGUUUUCAAAAGAGAGGAGAAGCAUAAUACCAGCUGGUGAUACUUCUCAGUUUAUUCCCUCCAAGAACGCUGACAUUGCUAUCCUGGAAGAACCAGAACACCUUAAUUGGUAUCAUCAUGGUAGGCGGUGGACUGAUAAAUUCAACCAUGUUGUGGGUAUUGUCCACACAAAUUAUUUGGAGUAUAUCAAGAGGGAGAAAAAUGGGGCUCUGCAAGCAUUCUUUGUUAAACACAUAAACAAUUGGGUAACUAGAGCAUACUGUCACAAGGUUCUUCGCCUAUCAGCUGCGACACAGGAUCUACCCAAGUCUAUUGUUUGCAAUGUUCAUGGUGUGAAUCCCAAAUUUUUGAAAAUUGGAGAAAAGAUUGCUGCAGAAAGGGAAAUAGGACAACAGGCUUUCUCUAAAGGAGCAUAUUUCUUAGGCAAGAUGGUCUGGGCCAAGGGAUACAGGGAAUUGAUAGAUUUGUUAGCAAAGAACAAAAGUGGUCUUGAUGGUUUUAAACUGGAUGUGUUUGGAAAUGGAGAGGAUGCCCAUGAAGUUCAGACUGCAGCUAAAAGGUUGGAUUUGAAUCUCAACUUUCUGAAGGGAAGAGAUCAUGCAGAUGAUUCUCUACACAGGUAUAAAGUCUUCAUAAACCCCAGUAUUAGCGAUGUGCUCUGCACGGCUACUGCUGAGGCGCUUGCGAUGGGAAAAUUUGUAGUAUGUGCAGACCAUCCAUCGAAUGAGUUUUUCAGGUCUUUUCCUAACUGUUUGACUUACAAGACAUCUGAGGACUUUAUUGCCAGAGUGAAGGAAGCAUUAGAAAAUGAGCCCCAGCCUCUUACUCCAGAGCAAAGAUAUAACCUUUCAUGGGAGGCUGCCACCCAAAGAUUCAUGGAGUUUUCAGAACUUGAUAGGGUCUUGAACAAUAAGGAAGAGGGUGAAAAAUUAGGCAGAACAAGUGGGAAGUUAAUGACAAAGUCGGUAUCAAUGCCAAGCCUGACAGAGAUGGUUGAUGGAGGAUUGGCAUUUGCCCACUAUUGUCUCACCGGUAAUGAAUUCCUUAGACGUUGUACUGGAGCCAUACCAGGGACGCGCGACUAUGAUAAACAGCACUGUAAAGACUUGCAUCUCUUGCCUCCACAGGUGGAGAAUCCAAUCUAUGGCUGGUAAUGGAUAAGUAAGCCUAUUGUAUUAUAUUUACACUUAAACGCAAAUAGUUAUAGGAGUCUGCUAUGCUUAAUUGAUAGUAAUAGAAGGUUUUGUUUUUUUUUUUAUUUUUUUAUAGUUUCUUAGAAUGAUGUAACUAAUUAAUAUUCAAGAAAAUAACCUUUAGAUAGUGAAAUCCAAGUUUUGUUAGUCUCUUGUUAAUGUAGAAGUCCAACUGCUGUUUGUCAUGAAAAUCAAUAUGCUUGGUUGUAAAAAAAUUUAGAAUUAAUGAAAAUGUAAGCUCAAGCUGUUAAGAGCUGGUUGCGUAGAGCAA